AUGAAAAAUCCACCCCGUAAGCAAAAACGCUGUAUUUGCGACACCGAGGGCCUACUAAAACGCAUCACAGGGCACCCACCUCCGUUGCAAUCUACGGAAAUAAAUAAAAUACGCCUUGGUCUCUUUACUGAGAGGAAUUCUGAUGGCACUGCUUAUUUAGUACUACGAGGUAAUGACAUCUACGAUCGGUGUAAAAAACGCAUUUGUGACGCUGAUAUUCGUGCAAUAUACGUAUACAUCCGGGAUUCCCCGAAACGCAUCACAAGGCUCGAUCUAGCGUACAAUAAAAUAACAGACGUCGGCUUCUUCAAACUAUUGAAGAAACUUCUCGUAAAAGGCCGAUCGAGCAUUAUAAAUCUGAACAUCAUGAACAACAAUUUAACGGAGACGUCCAUUUUGAAUUUAUCAAAAUACGCGGAGUUUUUGAAACUCAAGUAUCUAAGGAUCAAUGGAAACGAUUUCGGCGCAAAGGGUGGUGAAUAUUUCGCAGACUUUCUAGUUAAAAAUAAAAGUCUUGAGUACUGUGAUAUUGGUGAAACAGGACAGACGCUUACAAGCAUAGCCCAUAUUAUUACGGCUUUGAGAAUCGACCACGGCGCGAACAGCACUUUGAAAGUACUUGAUUUGAGUCGAGUUGUACCAUUGUUUAAUCGAUAUUCAUAUGAAACAAAGUGGCUUGCCUAUCACAUGGAAUACCUGUUAGAGAGAAAUAAAACUAUCAUCGAAUUGCAUCUGCAAAAGAAUGAAUUCAUCGGGCAUGAUGUAGAAUAUUUUAUACGCGGUCUGCGCAAAAAUAACACUUUACUAUACUUGGAUUUAGGAUAUAAUAAAAUCGGUGAUUAUGGAGCAGAGUUAUUUGCUGAAUAUCUUAAAGAUAAUCCUGCUUUAAUAUUAUUAAACAUAGCUGGUAAUAGUGUUCAGGACACAGGAGCAAAAGCGUUAAGUUUCGGAUUACCAUUCUCAAAAAUACGUGCGUUAGAUGUGUCGUACAACAAAAUAACAGACGACGGCCUCCAGGAUUUAUUGAACACAUUGAAAAAGGCGUAUUAUUUACGGUUUUUCAACAUAUUCGGAAAUAAGAUUGGCCACGAAACCUGUGUUAUAAUAGAACGAAUGUUGUUAAGCGGUGCGUUAUUUCAACAUACUAUAGAUGUUAAAUUAUAUGAAGUAGAUGAGGUUUUAUAUGCAGCGUAUUAUCCAAACCCUGCUGAUAGGAAUAAGCACUUAUAUUAUUGUGAAAUGGACUUUGGAUUCGCCCAACCAAUCUAUCAUAUCAAACGUAACGUUUUGUCAGAAAAGAGAAUCGUAAAAGUUGACUGUAAACAACGACACAAACUUGAUAAGACAGACUUUAAUAGAUUUUAA